AUGGCUGCAAUGUUUGAAGGUAUAGAAAACUUCUUGUUGAGAGACUUCUUCAGCCAGAACACAUUCAAGAAGAACUAUGAGAUGGAUAACAAGCAGACGACUUCAGAUGCAUUAGACAAGAGGUAUGAGGGGUACCAGAAGAUCUGCCUGUAUGGUCUGGGAUCUGUGUUCUGGGGAGCUGCAACUGGUGUUCUUAGUAACAUACAGGCACAGCAUCCAACUUGGAUCUUUUGGGGCAGCAUUUACUUUGUUGUUUCCCUUGUCCUAAUGUUGAAUGGACUGACUGCUGCAAGUUUUUCAAGCUCAACUCCUAUGGCACUGGCUACAGCAGGGCUAGGAGCAUGGACGGCAUAUAUUUAUAUGCUGGCAACAUUUCAUGUGGCGUCACUAAGCUUUCACUCCAAUGUAGAGGAAUGUGGCUACUCAAUGCUCAUCUCGUCAAUUGCCGUGACAAUCCACUGGACCUACAGCUCUCAGGACCCUCUGGUUUUUCUUGUACUGGGCAAGUUAAUUGUGUGGCUGUUACUCAUAGUUCCUUAUGCUAUUGUCAAACUCCUCCUGCUAAUUCCUUCUGGUGUUACCAAACUCAUAAGGUGUCAUGAAUCAUCAACUACUGUGUAG